UAAAAAACGAAAAUACCCAAGCUUGACGUUCCCAUGGUAUUCACUUCUGACAACUCUAGCAGCUUCGUGUGAAACUGAACAACCCUUACAAUGAAAUUUCUUGAUUUUUCCGGAAAGACUAAACGUUAAUGAAAAUUCGUGAACAUUCUGGUUAACGGGAAGAUGAACUGGAACUCCACUGUCUGGGUCUCUCUGCUGUGCGGCUGACUCGCUGUUUGCUCAACCUUGUCUACAUCAUGUCUCCAGUUUACUCAUCUCCCAAAUACACUACCGGCUCCACCCUGCUCAGCCCUUUCCGGCCCUAUGAGCCGUACGACCCCACCCUGAGCUACAUAUCCCGAGGACAGCCCCAGCACUCCAGAUACUCCCUCUCCACCUCCCGCUACAUGACGCCCACCCCCUUUAUCGCCCGUCCUGCCGUCUCCCUCCCCCAGGAGCCUGAGCGUGGGCGGCCCAUCCCCCGUGGUGACCCUCGCUCUGCCCGACGCAGUGAGAGCUCCAAUAGGAUGCAGGUCAGAGGUCAAGCUACCUGGGUGAGUGGGGUGAGAGGUCGCUCACCCUCGAAUGCUGGGCUCCCCACCACCUUACCCCUGUUUGGGUGGCGCCGGUCAGUCAGCCAAUCGGAUCUGGCACAGGAACUGGCCUCCUUGGAAGUCUGUGAGCAAGGGGAGGAGGAGAGAGGAGGAUACCCUGGAAGAGAGAGCAUCAGCAGGGCACACGGCAGCUGUUCAGGGCCGUUCUACUGGACCUCAGAGUGUGCUGAUACGAUAGAGCUCCCACCUCGGGGCUCACUGGCAGAGUGUCAAAGGUCUGACCACCAGAUCCUGAAGGCAGUGUACAGAGCAGGGCUUGGAGAAGCACGAUGCCCAAGAAGGCAUUGUAAGGACGAACACUCGGACAGGAAGUCAGUGGCGAGCUCUCUGGCCAUCUGACGUUCAUCAGCCAUGGUUCAAGAUGGAAGAUUCCUGAUGCUCGCAUGCUCUUCAGCAUGCUCGCAUGCUCUUCAGUACAUGUGGCUGAUAUUGAUCUUAUCAUCAUGCUGGCAGCUAUUCAAGAACAUCUCCAGGUUUAUCUAACCCUAGUCCUUCUUUAUUUUACGUCAUGGCUGGUCUUUUCUGCUAUUCAGUAUGUGUAAAGCAAUACAUGUAUGUUGAAACAUGACACUGACAUUGUGUAAAGUGAGAAAACAAAACAUAAACAUUAUAUGUGCAUAACACAAUAAUAAUGUUGUAUGCACCCCACUAAUGACAUCUGGCUCGGGGCCCGAUAUACAAAAGCAUGGUGCAAAAUAAAUGACCAGCCACUUUGGUAUUCUUCUGUCACUAACUGAGGAGCAGAAAUUCCAUUUGCAAAUUAUGAAUGUCCCAUCCAAAGAGAAAUAUCUUGUUGCAUGAGGCUGAAACAGUGUGGCUUAUCUCUACUGAAUGAUCGUGCGGUCUCCUCUUUUAACCUAUUGCAUAUCUUUUAUAAUGAUGGUGAAACGUCUCAUUGACCUAUUUUAUUGUCUCUUGCGUAUGAUCGCCCAUUCAUGACAUUUGCACCCUUCUCCAGGUCAUUAUACAUGCACGCUCAAGUGCCCUUGUAUCCAGUUUCGUAGUGCUCUAUGAGGUAGGAGAGAAUCACCAUGAGGCCACUGACUAAUUAGUCCCUUUGAGUGCACACUUCCAAUGAGUAAGCACAGGGGUGAGGGAGCCUUGGCUUGAGGGAGUGUACUCAAACUCUUCAUUUAUUUGGAAAA